CAUGACCACACAGCUCCCGCAAAACCUCGUCCUCAAGCGGAGAGAUUCCUUCGAUGACACGACCAAGGCCGCGGACAUCGUCUCGACCGAUUCCGAGUCCGUCAAGGACAUCCCACCCCUCGGGACGCCUCCGCCGACUGGAACCAGGAACUUCUGGAGACGCUGGAAGCGUCAGGACAUCGAUCUGGACGCCGUUGCGACCCAGCCCUCUGUCUUCGACGACCCCCAAACGCUCGAGGCGUACAGACCCCCUGCCGUGUAUGAAAAUGCCCACCGCUUCGAUCCAUCGGCGCGGUGGACAUGGAGGGAAGAGCGGAAACUCGUUAGGAAGAUUGACUGGCGCAUCAUGGUUUGGACUUUCAUCAUGUUCUUCUCUCUCGAGUUUGACCGUAGCAAUAUCUCGCAAGCCAACUCGGACAAUUUGCUGAAUGACUUAAACAUCAACACCGACGACUAUAAUCUCGGCUUCACUUUGUUCCGCCUUUGUUUCUUGAUUGCAGAACUCCCAUCGCAACUCGUCUCCAAGCGGGUGGGUCCCGAUGUUUGGAUUCCGUCACAGAUGACCCUUUGGAGUCUCGUUGCCAUGAGUCAAUUUUGGCUCACUGGCCGUGGAUCCUUUUUAGCGACUAGAGCUUUGCUGGGCUUCUUGCAGGGUGGAUUUAUCCCAGAUGUCAUCCUCUACUUGUCAUAUUUCUAUACGAAAACGGAGCUCCCCAUUCGACUCGGUUGGUUCUGGGUAUCCAACUACGCAGCCCAUAUUGUCGGUGCCUUCCUGGCGACCGGGCUUCUGCGACUACGUGGUGUAAAUGGCCACGCUGGAUGGAGGUACUUAUUCCUUAUCGAAGGAGGAGGCACUCUCCUCGUCGGGAUCAUCUCCUUCUUCAUGAUGCCUCCUGGUCCUACCCAAACGAAGGCUUGGUUCCGACCGAAGGGGUGGUUUACGGAGCGGGAGGAAAUCAUCAUGGUCAAUAGAGUGCUCCGUGAUGAUCCAUCCAAGUCAGACAUGCAUAACCGCCAAGGACUGCAUGUUAAACAAAUUUGGGAAGCCAUCUGCGAUUGGCGCAUGUGGCCCUUGUACAUGCUGGGACUGACCUUCUUGGUUCCCCCUGGCCCGCCGCAAAAUUAUUUGACACUGACCCUUCGCCACCUUGGCUUCAACACGACGCAGACGAAUCUCCUCACUAUUCCGUCCACAGUACUUGGCAUUUUGGGUCUUUUAUUCACCGCCUGGGUCAGCGAAAUCAUCGAUAGCCGCAUUAUUCCGACUGUCUUCAUGCAAAUAUACGUAUUACCGCUGCUUAUAGCGCUAUAUACGUUUACCUCAUCCACCAAUCUGUGGGUCUACUACACCGUCGUCUCACUGAUUACCGGUUAUCCCUACGUACAUCCCAUUCAAGUCGCAUGGGCGUCAAGAAACUCAUACAGCGUUCGAACGAGGACCGUAUCAGCCAGUGUGUAUAACAUGUUCGUGCAGGCUGGUUCGAUUACAGCCGCAAACAUCUACCGCGACGAUGAUAAACCUCUCUAUAAACGUGGUAAUCGCGACUUGAUUGGUAUCACCGUCAUGAACAUAUUUCUCUACGCGUUCACGUGGCUCUUUUACCGCGCGAUUAAUAAGCGCCGGGACCGUAUCUGGAACUCUUGGACGGCCGAGCAACAACGCGAAUAUCUAGAAACGACCAAAGACAAGGGCAAUCAAAGACUUGAUUUCCGCUUCGCGUAUUAG